AUGUCCCGCGCCACAGCCUUCAUCACCGGCGCCGGCCCCGGCACGGGAGCCGCCAUCGCCCGCCUCUUCGGCGAGAGCUACAAUCUGAUCCUCAUGUCUCGCUCGCUGCCCGGCUCCCUCCCCUCGCUGAAACUCGACAAUGUGCCCGAGUCCAACAUCCUCCCCGUCACGUAUGACGGCACGCCCGAGUGCUACAAGAAGGCCGUCGCUGACGCGGCCAAGAAGUGGCCCGGGUCCGAACUCAAGGUCGGCAUCUGUAAUAAUGGCGGACCGUGGAUUCCGGGGCCGUUCCUUGAGAAGACGAGCGAGGAGUUUGAGACAACGUACGAAUUCGCCCGCCAAGGCUUCGACUUCUCCCAAGCCGUCAUCCCCGCCAUGCUCAAAGCGGGCGGGGGCACGCUCAUCUUCACCGGCUCGACCUCAGCUUUGAGGGGAAGUAAGGGAUUCGCCGCGAUGAGCCCCGGUGCCUUCUCGCGCCGUUCGCUGUCGCAGUGCCUCGCGCGCGAGUUCCAGCCGCAGGGCAUCCAUGUCGCCCACGUCGUGGUGGAUGGGCAGAUCAACACGGAGCGCGUCGAGAAGAUGAUGGGCAAGGUUGGGCCUGACGAGAGACUCGACCCGAACGAUAUUGCCGCUACGUACAUGGAUUUGGUCAAGCAGCGGCCGAGCGCUUGGAGUCAGGAGAUUGACAUCCGUCCUGCCAAGGAGAAGUUUUAA